GCGAAACAAAAACAUUCACGGAAGAGAAAUGACUUUGAAUUGACAGACGUGACACCCGAUACUUGGUCUGAAUAAAUGAAUCCAUAAAGGAUGACCCACGUGUAAAGAGCGGGCUGCAGGGUAACGCGAUGCCGCCCCUUUAAAACGCCGCCCGCUUGUAUAGAGAGCAGCGCGGAUGCUGAAACGCACCUGCUCUCUGUUAUCACACCUUCUGACCCUCUUUCAUCUUGUCUCAGCUUUAAAUAAAGCAGCUUGAAACACGUCGUUCUUAUACCUUUCCACCCGUGCGGAAGCAGCAAGGAAUUAACCAGGGUCUUAUUUAUUAGCCUGCACACGACACGCGUGCUGACACGGAGCUGUUUCUGGGGAAGCGCUAAUCUUUAAGGCAGGAUGCCUGUGCAAAUUCCGGACGACGCAGAUUUCGCGUCUUUCAAGGAGCAGUGCGAAAGCCAUGAGUGCUGGAUACAGCGUUACAACAAGUCUGGCGUGUCGGUGUGGUGCAGAGACGAGGAGACCAAAACAGUGCAAAAACUUAAGAUGAGUAUUUUGUGCAAGGAUGUCAGUGCAGAAACGCUGUAUGAUGUCUUGCAUGACACAAGCUACCGGAAGAAAUGGGACACCAACAUGAUUGACACAUUUGAUAUUGCAAGGCUGACGGUCAAUGCAGAUGUAGGAUAUUAUUCCUGGAAAUGCCCAAGUCCACUGAAGAACAGGGAUUUUGUCACCAUGCGUUCAUGGCUCCCUCUUGGCAAUGACUACUUGAUAAUCAACUACUCAGUCAAACACCCGCAAUACCCACCAAAGAAAGACUUUGUCAGAGCAGUGUCUUUACUCACGGGAUACUUGAUCCAGUCUAAUGGAGCAAACUGCUGCACUCUUUACUACUUAACACAAGUAGAUCCGAGAGGUUCCUUACCUAAAUGGGUAGUGAAUAGAGUCUCUCAGUUUGUGGGACCCAAGGCCAUGAGGAAGAUCUACAAGGCGUGUCUGAAAUACCCUGAGUGGAAACGGAAACACAACCCUAACCUGAAGCCGUGGAUGUAUCCCGAGCAGAACACGCUACCAUGCAUGAGUGUUUCAGAGCUCACUGUCCAGAGAGCAGAUUCCCUUGAGAACAUCGAUGAGAGCGGCUUGAAUGAAGAUAAGAUCCAAAACCACAGUGAAGAUGAGGAAACCUAAACCCUCAGACUUUGCUUUUUGAUGAGUGUGCAUGUAUGCGUGGGAGUGUGAGGAAGUCAGUGCACAUUGAUUUACACCAGUAGUUCUGCAGAGUAUGACUUACCUGUUUUCAGCUGCAUCUUAUGCAUGCUUUGCUAUGCACUGCUGAUGACCAUAAUGGUGCUCCUUUCAAGGUUUUGACAUAUUAAUGAUCGUGAUUGUUUGCACUACCAAACUUAAUCUAUUAGAAUUGCACAUAUCAUUAAUACAAGUUUGAGGAUUUUAUUCUAAAUGAGCUCACUUAUACAUGAAAACAAAGAAAUUGGCACAUCACAAGUUACAUUUUAAUUCUAUUUGGCUGCAGUUGCAAUGUUUUUAAGCCACUUCUUCUGUGAGUGAGCACUGGUUUGUAGUGUGUUUUAUGGUUUCAACUCAAGUCUUUUUUCCCCCUGUUAUUGCUCAAAUCAGUGACUUAAAUCAAAUGUCCAGUUUCAUUUGUCAGUUUUAUCUGCACAUUUGCAGUCUCAUUUCCAGGGCAACCUACCUGUGAGAAGUGAGAGUUCUCCAGAACUCUGUGGCUGGCUACAGGGAUUUUCACUUCAAUAUCUUUACCUAUGCAUCAAUAAGAUCUCAGGAUUUGUUUAAAAAAAAAAAAAAAACAGUGCUGUCUGCCUUUCUCAAAUAUACACUGUGUGUUUCUAUCUCUCUGGUCACUUUUACCUAUUCAUUUAUGAAUAAAUAUCUUUAUCUUG